UUUCACAAUUUCACAGCUGCUGGCUUGUUUUGGGGCCUUACUACGCCGUUAAUGUUGAGGCCAUUCUUCGCAUCAGUUCAGCAAUUCAUUUAAAUUGAUCAGUUGCCAGGACCAAUGCAGAAAAAAAAAUUGGGACACAAUGGAAGAUUUGGGAUUUACAUUCCUCAAAACUAGAUAAUAUUGGGCUCUUUAAGAAUGGAUGUUGCUGCAUUGCUAAUCCUUUGAGUAAUGUAUUUACGAGGCUGAAAAAUGCAAAACUGUUUGGGAAAGGACUAAAGCAUCUUCACCACCAAGUCUGGCUAACGUUUGCUGCUGAUUUGUCUUGAAGAAUUACCAGACAUUAGACAUCCUGCCAUGGAGUUAGAUUUCAACAUUGAGGAGCUAAUUGAUUUGAGUUUUGUAACAGAUGAGGAGCUAGAUAUGAUUGUACAUGUCCUUUAUCGGGAUGCCGAGCUCCGUUUAUUGGAGGACGAACGGAUCAAGAAGUUGCAACAAUCGGUUCUUAAUCCUGAACAGUUAAAAUUUGCAACAGGAGAUUGGUUUAAGGAAGUCCGAGCAAAGCGACACACAGACAAAAAGUUUGGAUCAGACAUUUUACGUGCCUCUAUUCGUAAGAAGAAAACAGGAAAAGGUGAAAGACAGAAAAAAGUGACAAUUAAUGAUGAGAAGAUCGUUAUUAAUGAGCAGGAGGGUCAAGAGGUGGAACAGUUAGAGAAUGUUAGUUCUGAACAAGAGAAUACAAGAAUGGUCCAAACAGAUGGUGAACAGGAAGAAAUUCAUGAGAGGUUUGUUGACAAUGAAAGCAAUGUGACUUCAAAACAGGAAAUAGUAACACUAUCUGCCGACAACCAGACCCAGAGAAAUAACCACAUGAUCUCUGAAACAGCAGAUGAUGAAAUGUUGAGAACUGAGGAAGGCAGCAUAUUGGUCCCUACUAUUUCAGUACAGAGUAUUGAUGAGAUGGAUUGUGAAACUUGCUCCCUACAAAGUGGUGAUUGCAGUGUACCAACAAAAGAUGUGGAUGUUAACAGUGGGCUGUUGAAUUUCCAAUCCCCUAGCCUCAGCAGCAGUAUGAUGAGUUUGUACAGCAAUGCUGAUUUUGGAUGUGUUGAUGUGAGAGGCAGUAUCACUUUCUCACUGCAUUAUGAUGAGAAUGGUCACGAGUUCUACAUUUUCGUGGUGCAAUGUGAUGAUCUUGCUGGAGUCAAGAAAAAUCGUUCUGAUCCCUAUGUGAAGAGCUAUCUUCUUCCAGAUAAAUCAUCCCGAAGCAAACGUAAAACAUCAGUGAAGAAGAAAACCCUGAAUCCUACAUUCAAUGAGAAAUUAAAGUACAAAAUGGAAAAAGUUGAACUGCAGAGUCGAACUCUGAACCUCUCCGUGUGGCACAGUGAUCACUUUGGCCACAAUCUCUUCCUGGGAGAGGUGGAGAUCCAAUUGGAAUCAUGGGAUUGGAGCAAUAUCAAACCUACAUCCUACAUCCUACAGCCACGUCUUGCAGCUCUAACAAAUGUGAUCCGAAGCAGAGGUCAACUGUCCUUAUCGCUGAAAUUCCUUCCAGCAGGUGCACAUGAUCAGGGAAUGCCUCCCACCGCAGAGUUGCACAUCUGGCUCAAGGAAGCUCGGAAUCUCCUCCCAAUCCGAUCGAAGGGCAUCAACUCUUUUGUCAAAUGUUAUAUUCUCCCAGAUGUCAACAAGUCCAGCCGACAAAAGACCAGAGUGAUAAAGAACAAUUUGAAUCCUGUGUAUAACCACACAAUGGUAUAUGAUGGCUUUCAAACAGAAGACAUGAGUGAGACCUGUGCUGAGAUCACUGUCUGGGACCAUGACACAUUUUCCAACCAGCUUCUUGGAGGAUUGAGGCUAAGUCUAGGAACAGGUCUCAGCUAUGGGCAAUCUGUCGACUGGAUGGAUUCAAACGAGGAAGAGAUUUCUGCAUGGCAAAAAAUGCUUUCUGCACCUGGGCAGUGGACGGAGUCCAUGUUACCACUCAGACCCAACAUGAAUUCUAUGGAAUUGUCACAGUCUGCAAAAUAAUUUACGUCUCUGUGAACUAACCUGUCCUUUGGUAAUAUUCUGCGUAGGUCACAGGGUCUAAGAUGCAGAACUAACUUUAUUCAGACAAAUUUAGGAGCUGGAUUGAGGAGAUAAAUUUCUGAGCAUUAGAAUUUUGAGGUUAAGAGCUUGACCCUGACUAUUGGGUCUGUGAAGAACACAAGAGUUUCAGGAUUAAAUUUGAAAAGAUAGCAAUGUGAACUGUAUCCAUCUGGUAACAUGUUGGUACCUCUAUAUUAUUGGGUUUUUGUGAAGGGUCUUGGACUUUUCAGAGCACUACAGUAGAGCCUAGAUUAGAGAAUAAGGCCUUGUAGGCUUUGCCAAUCUUGCUUCCACCAAACAUGCAACAAACAUAUUCUCAUCAGCCAUUACUAUGUAACAUAGAAAAUAGGUGUUGAAGUAUGCCUUCAUCCCAUCAAGCUUGCUCUGCUAUUCAACAUGAUUGUGUUUGAUCCUCUACCUCCCCAAAUGACUGUGCCUUUAGUGUCUAGAAAUCUCUCUUUCUUCAAUAUAUUCAAUGACUUGGCCUCAACAGCCUUAUGUAAUAGAGAAUUCCAAAGGUUCACACCACCUGAGUGGUGCAAUUUCUCUUCAUGUCAGUCCUAACUGGCCUACCCAGUAUCCUGAUACAGGGGAAACAUCAUCUCUGCAUCAUCUGUAUUGGACCUGUCAGAAUUUUUACAUUUCAAUGAAAUCCCUCUUGUUCUUCUAAGCUCCAGUGAAUAGAACAGAGAACAGUACAGCACAGGAAUCGGCCCUUUGGCCCACGAAGGCUGCACCGACACAAUGCUUUUCCAAAUUAAAACUCUAUUGCCUCUAUGAUCUCUGUAUCCCUCUAUUCCCUGCUAUUCAUAAAUCUGUUAAGAUGCCUCUUAAAUGUUGCUAGUCUGUGACCUCCAUUACCUCCUCUGGCACUGCUUUUCAGGUACUACCACCCGCUGUGUAAAGAAAAAACUCACAUCUCCUUUAAACUUGCCUCCUCUUACUUUAACCUUAUCACAGUAUCAUAAAAUGCCUAAAGGCCUGGCUUUCAACCUGUAAUGCAAUUAACAAAAUGUGGUAUUAGACCCCAUUUACAAACCCAUGCAGAACAGAACUGGAAAUGACAACUUAACAGACC